AGUUUCACUAAGAAGAAUCGGUGGGUUUUGAAUCUAAUCCGAACUGAACUCUAGAUCCGGUCGGGUAACAAUGGAUCCAAAUUUUAAUAACUUUACUUUAAUAUCUACUGCAUGUAUAUAGUAAAUUUUGGGUGUAAUAUUACUAUAUAUAUGCAGUAGAAAUUAGGGUAAAUUAUAAAAUUUAAGUCCACUUUUAUCCUACCGGAUUUAGGGUUCAGUUCUGGUCAGAUCUAAAACCCAUAAGUUAGGUGAAAUAUAUCUGAAUUGUACUCAAAACUUAUAAAAUAAAUCCAAAAAAUUACGAAAUAACCAAUCCAAAAGCAUUAAAAAAUAUAAAAAAUAUCCAAAAGAUCAGGAAAUUAUAAACAGACGACCGAAAAUACAUAAAAAAACCUUAAACCACAAAAAAUGACCCAAAAACAUUAAAAAAUACAAAAAAGUAUCUAAAAAUUCGAAACAUAACCGAAACUACUUGUAUCAGAAUACUACAGGUUUAUUACAUGCAUAAAAUUGUCUACCUGAAUCCCAGAUUUUACCUAAAACCAAAAUUUUCCAAAUACUUAGUUAUGUCAAAAUAUCUAAAAUCUGAAUAACUCAAACCGUACCCAUAUCCGAAAAGAUUCGAGGACCGACUCGAAAACCCAACCCGAAGAUCUGCACGCCUAGGCCUAGUUUACAAGCAAGCCUACCAAAAUAUGUCAACUCGUUAAAAGCCUUUUAACCUGUCUGGUUCGGUGCAUGGUUCAAUUCCCGGUUUAGUUGUAACCGGUUUGUGAUUGCUCAAAACCCUAGUCGUCACCCUUUUUUUAUCAUUAUUGUGAACAAGUAGUCACCUCUACAAGUAAAACCUUAAACCCUAUUGAGUGAGAAGCAGAGCGCAGUAGAAAGUAACAAAACCAAAAGAUGAGACCACCACGUGGCGGCGGAAGCUUCAGAGGAAGGGGAGGAAGAGAUGGCGGUGGACGCGGAGGUGGCGGACGUUUUGGUGGAAGCAAUCGUGGAGGUGGCCGCUUUGGUGGCGGUGGAGGUGGAGGUGGCUGGCGUGACGAAGGACCUCCCGACCAAGUCGUAGAAGUUGCAACCUUUGUUCAUGCUUCUGAGGGUGAUGCUGUGACCAAGCUCUGCCAAGAGAAAAUCCCUCACUUUAAUGCUCCAAUCUACCUACAAAACAAGACACAGAUUGGGAGAGUAGAUGAGAUCUUUGGUCCCAUUAAUGAAUCUUUGUUUUCUGUCAAGAUGAUGGAAGGUAUUGUAGCUACCUCAUAUACCGAAGGGGACAAGUUCUACAUUAACCCUCUUAAGCUAAUGCCCCUAGCAAAAUUCCUUCCACAGCCAAAGGGACAAUCUACGGGAGGUCGUGGGAGAGGCAGAGGUGCUUCUAGGGGCCGUGGAGGAUUCUCAACCAGAGGUGCUCCGAGGGGUCGUGGAGGAUUCUCCAGCUUUAGAGGUGCUCCCAGGGGGCGUGGAGGAUUCUCCAGAGGCCGUGGGAGAGGAGGAUACUAACCUUAUAGCCUUAGUUGCUUGUAGUUUUCGCUUUUUAAUCUUGGAUAAUGAAAAAUGUUUUAAUAACCAUUUUAUGGUAAUAAUUGUUUUCCAGUUUCUAGUUUUUGAUACUUUGGUUUUUAUCAAGUGACCAGUAGUAAAAUGUUGAUCAAUUAUCAGAGUCCAUGGUUCUAUCAA